AUGAAUCUCCGCCUGUUGACCCUUGCUCUCGCUGCUGUGGCGGCUGCAAGUCCAGUAGAUAUCCAGGAACGCCAGCUCUCCGGCGGAAACGAGCUGCGAGAUGGCUCUUGCAAGCCGAUCACCUUCAUCUUUGCCCGCGCUUCCACAGAGCCAGGACUUUUGGGUAUAUCAACUGGCCCUGCAGUCUGCAAUGGCUUGAAGAUGGCCAAAGCGGGCCAAGUAGCUUGCCAGGGUGUUGGACCCAAGUACACGGCAGACCUCGCAUCAAAUGCUUUGCCCGAGAACACGUCCCCAGCUGCCAUCCAAGAGGCACAAGACCUGUUCCAGCAGGCCGUCACCAAAUGCCCUGACACCCAAAUUGUUGCCGGUGGUUAUAGCCAAGGCACAGCCGUGAUGGAUGACUCCAUCAAGCGUCUACCAGACAACGUGAAAGAGAAGAUCAAGGGUGUCGUGCUCUUCGGCUACACCCGCAACGCACAGGAACACGGUCAGAUUGCCAACUUUCCCAAGGACAAGGUCAAGGUCUACUGUGCCGUAGGCGAUAUGGUCUGUGACGGCACCUUGAUCGUGGGGCCCGCCCAUUUCACUUACCUGGGUAACACCGGCGAAGCAACUCAGUUCUUGCUUGGGUAUCUCCGUUUUCUUCAGCUCACGCAACUUCCCUAA